AUGUCGACACCGUCUAAUACUCUUGCACCUGCCCCAGAUGCUCUCCAGCUAAUUCUUCAGAAGCUUAAUGCGUAUUCAGGAGCAAAAAACGUAUUUUUAUCAGGAGUAGCACUAGCCAUCUUUCUUCGUCUGUGCUUUCAGGGAAAGAAGUCGAAAGGAUAUACAUCUAAUCUCGACAAGGUUGGCCAACGAACUGAAGUAGCUAGUCAAUCGGGCCCCGGUGGACAAUAUGAUAUUAUCGUUGUUGGUGGAGGAACGUCGGGGUGUGCGCUAGCUGCACGUCUCUCGGAAGACCCAAAUCUUCGCGUUUUGUUGCUCGAAGCUGGUGGAAGCGGCAAGGCACUGAGUGAUAGCAGUACUCCAGCAGGAUUUGGACGUCUACUAUACAACGCGAAGCAUGUUCAUCAACUACGGACUGAAUCGCAAGUUGCUGCUGGUGGAAAAGUAAACUUUUGGCCUCGGGCCAAGAUGCUGGGAGGUUGCUCGUCCAUCAACGCCCAGAUGGCGCAAUAUGGCGCAUUCGGAGACUUCGACGAGUGGGCAACUUAUAUUGAGGACGAUUCAUGGUCUUGGAAAAACAUCUCUCAAUAUUUCCGUAGAUUUGAAGCAUUCCAACCUCAUCCAGACUAUCCAGAAGUUGACGCAUCUGCACGAGGGCUUUCUGGGCCUGUUCAUGUCGGAUUUUACAACACCGUCACCAAAGCUAGUCAUGCUUUCAUCAAAUCUUGCGUGGCCGUUGGGAUCCCUUUCACCGCUGAUUUCAACGGAAAGAAUGGGACGAUCGGUGCUGGUCGUAUCAUGACCUAUGUAGACAAAAAUUACAAGCGCGUUUCUGCCGAGACUGCUUAUCUGACACCGGAGGUGCUCGCGCGACCUAAUCUAACAGUGGCAAUCAAUGCCACUGUCACGCGAAUCUUAUUCGAUAAAUCAACAAAUCCUAGACCUAGAGCUAUCGGUGUUGAAUUUGGACGGAAAGAGGGCGGACAAACAUGGCAAGCUUUCGCUAGCAAGGAAGUGGUCCUCUCCGGAGGUGCCGUUCACUCACCUCACAUUUUACUUCUUUCGGGCAUCGGAGCGUCUACAGACCUGAAGAAACACGGCAUCACACCUAUCCUGGAUUUGCCUGGAGUUGGCAAACGCCUCGUUGACCAUCCCGUGGUGGAUUUGUUCUUCAAAGACAAACACAAUGUUUCUGCUAAAUACCUCAAACCUCGCUCUCUUAAGGAUUUCUGGAAAGUCUUGAACGCCGUGGUACAAUACAAGUUAGGCAAGGGUGGUCCACUGGCUAUGAAUUUUGGGGAAUCGGCGGCGUUUGUUCGCUCGGACGACCCGCGUCUAUUCCCUAAGGCCGAAUUUCCAGACAAAUUGGUCGACAGUACAUCGGCGGCGGACAGUCCUGACUUGGAGAUUUUCUCGACCCCAUUCGCCUACAAGGAACACGGACAAGCCUUUUUCGACGUCCAUACAUAUGGCCUGCAUAUCUAUUUAUUACGGCCCAUGAGUCACGGAGAAGUGCUUUUAAAAUCGAGAAGCCCAUGGGCUCUGCCCAGCGUCAAUCCCAACUACCUCUCGGCACCCGAAGACGUGGCAAAACUCGCUCGAGGGGUGAAACUCGCACUUCGUAUCGCUCAAGCUGACCCGCUUGCAUCUCACCUCGAUAGCACAUUCACGAGGACCGACUUUGACCACCAGCUGCACCUACGUUCCGACGAUGAGAUCAACGCAUUGGUCCGUGAACGAGUUGAGACUGUUUACCACCCGGCUUCGACAUGCCGCAUGGCACCAAAAGAAGACGGCGGGGUGGUUGACGGGAAACUGAGGGUGUACGGUGUUGAUGGACUAAGGGUGUGCGACGCCAGCGUGUUUCCAUGGAUUAUUUCUGGACAUACAGUGAGUUUGCGAUUACUUGGACAUAUGGACAGCUGUCUCAACGGAGAAAUGAACCAGGCUGGGGGAUGCUUUGCGAUAGCAGAGAAACUUGCGGAGGAGAUGAAGGGAGAAUAUGGAGGCAUUGAAUUCGCGCCAAGCGCAGCGGAAACAAAAGUGAUAUUGUGGCUGUGGAGCGGGGAAGUCACGACUGGAGUGAGGAUGGAGGAGAGCUGUGGCCGUGCAUUUCUUCCUUCUGUUCUCCCACUCAUCCUGGCGUUCAAUACUCCUCCAAAGGCCCCCAGAUCUGGGCUUGCUGCAAAGGUCGGCGCCUUGAUUCGACUGAAGCGUCCGGUGCGCAGAAACACAGAUCCAGGGUCCGUGCAGCUCGAGCAGAGCGAGUCAGGUCACCGCGAGCCGCACCAGGACGAAAGAGCAACGAUAAAUAUACCGCCAAUUCCAGUUAUAACUGCCUCGCCUUCCAGCACGCCUGUCUCCUCACUUGCCCCGCUGCCGUCACAGCAACAACAUCAACAAGAAUCAACAACACACCACUCUCCUCCGCCCCUGCUCUCUCUUCAGUCCAACCACGAUCCCGCCAUGCUCCAACCACAGUCCCAGUUUCGUCAGCCAGCCCAGAAUAAGCAGAAUCACAAGUCUUGGUGGAACCAUUUCGCCCUCAUUUCGAAGCCGAAGAAGGACCUUAGUGCUAUGACUGCUCCCUAUAAAGCUCAUGACACUGCGGAUCAUCCUGUCUUUGGAAAGCCCCUCAAGGAGAGUCUCCGCUAUGCCAGUGUGCAGAUCUCGACAGCGAAUGCGAAUGGCGAUCUAUAUGUAUGGGGUUAUAUCCCAGUGGUCGUUGCUAAAUGCGGUCUGUAUCUCAAGGAAAAUGCCACCGAAGUACCAGGGACGUUCCGCGUCAAUGGCUCCAACAAACGUAUGCGGGAUCUUCAAGCUAUAUUCGAAUCCCCACCUCGCCUGCUCCCAUCCCCUUUGCCCAUGCUCGUCAUUCUGUUCGAUAAACUUCCGGGCAUCCGUAUCGGAUGCACCGUGUUCAGCAAGCCAUUCCUUCUUUCCUUUCGAUACGGCAAAUCCCUAGAUUGGAAACAGGAAACAUAUACUACCCAUGAUGUUGCCAGUGUUUUUCGGAGAUACCUGACUCAAAUGCCGGAACCAGUGAUACCUUACGAUAUGUACCAUCUUUUUCGCGAUGCUCUUUCGAAAAAACCUUUCAAUCAAGAAGAAGUCAUUUCCACCUACAAGUCCCUUAUUCGGAAAAUGCCUCGGCCCAACCAAUACCUACUGCUCUAUGUCCUUGACUUGUUAUCUGUUUUUGCUAGGAAAAGUGACAAGAACCUGAUGACGGCUACCAAUCUGGCAGUCAUCUUCCGUCCCGGAAUUCUUUCCCACCCUCAGCACGAAAUGUCACCCCAAGAACACGCUCUCAGCCAGCGAGUGCUGGAGUUCCUCAUUGCCCAGCAAGAUUGGUUCAUGCUGGAUAUAUCUCCUCCUCCGAGCAGCAGUGUCACCACUUUCGAAGGUGGAGGUGCGGGUCCGAGCGGUAGUGGAGGGCAAGGUGGGUCAGGACCCGGAGGCAAAUGGCAUGAAGGUUCCAAUACCCCUGGGCCUAGUAGACGAGGGACUGGUGCUUCUAUGGACAAUAACAGUACCCCACUAGCUGGACAGAAUGCAGGGUCAAAUCAGGUGACACGACAAGCAAACGCGUAUACUAAUGCUGAGGCAGGGCCUUCGAAAUCAAGUUCACCCCAAAUGGAGUCGGUUGGACGACACCGUGUAGUGAGCGGACCCAGUGGGCCGCUCCCUUCAAUAACCCCAGUCUCUCCUUUAAUCACACCGUGGCUAGGAAGCACAACGAAGUCACCGCCAAACCAGCCAACCCAGUGGCAUCAGCGGCAAAGAUCGUUAUCCCACUCACCUCCAAGCCCUAUAUCCAAUGAAAAUAUAAAUCCUAACUGGGCUUCGAGACCACCGAUGCAGCAGCAUUCACAAUCUCAGCCAGUAUCGCAGAAAGCCACCGCGAAAGGUUAUUUGACAGAAAAUAUGUCUUCGCAACCAUCGAGUCCUCAUUCUUCACAACCCCCGUCUCCAUCAUCACCCGUGUUUCCCAUUAUUCCCCAUCACCGUCAGCCGCAUACAAGGUCGACCUCAGCGGACCAAGCACCUACGAAAUCAUCAUCACACCCACGCCCAUCUUCCAAGACACCCGCUUAUCCGUCUCCUCUUGCGUUCAACACUGCUAACCAUGUUACUUUUAAUGCCCCCAUCCACGCCCGCUUCUCGCAUACACAAACACACCCUUAUGAGCCACCAAUAUCUAGCAGUCUUCCACCCAUACCUUCUUCACCACUUGGAUCGGGGUCAUCUGACGUCGAUGAAUUUAUGGUCAUUCCUUCGUCUGGGGAAGAGGUUUCAGGGGUUGGAGGUGGAUGGAAGUUAGUUUCGAAAGGGUUUGCAGCGGUGCCUGCUAAUGGGCGUUCUCAGGGUUCUACAGGGACAGGGUUUAUGGUAUUGGGAAAGAAGGAUAAAGGUGCAACAUUGAAAAUGAUCAGGCGGCGAACGGCUGUUGAUCCCAGUGAACUCAUUGCUAGAGGGGGUGCCUCAACUGAACAGGACUGUGAUAAAACUUCCGGAGGUGCAACAGUCAUGCGAAGUAAAACACUUCCUUCGAGAAAAAAAGGAAGUGCUACCGAUACAGACACGGCGGUCAUGUCGCAAGGAAUCCCACCAUCAAGCUUUGCAAAGGCCAGCCACGGUGUCCUGGAGCAAGAAGGGACAAGAGAGGGCAAUGAUUCCAGGACAAAGAGAGUCUUGAAGAAGCAGAGAAGAGGCUCUGGCUCUGGCAUUUCUCCCAUUCCCCCCCACCAAGCCGUGGCAAUCACAGCAAAUAUUUGA